UUUGGUCAGCACUCAGCUUUGAUUCUAGUAUAUUGAAUAUUGUUUAUUGGACUAAAAAUCUAGUAUUAAUCUAAUAUUAUUUAUUUGAUUAUUUCGCGUUUACAGUAAUAUAUAAUCAAAAUAAUUUAUGUUUGAAAUUGUUGUAUAAAAUCAUCAAGAAACGAUUAAAAUAACUAAAUUUUUUGAACCUAUCUAUAGGCUGACAUUCUCCACAAUAACUGGAUAACCGCAAAUAGCACUCGAAUUAUUAACUUCAAGGCUAAAAAUGGAAGUUUUCGAACGAUAUUAUCGUAUUUUUACAAGAAAGUUAAAUGAUCUGCCCGUCACCAUAAACAGAUCAAUAGAUCUAGUCAACAAAUCACUCAGUAACAUCAGAGUUCCUCCCUUCUCAAGAGACAAUGUACUUUAUUAUUAUUUACCCUUGCAAGGGCUUGUAAGCUACACAACACUGUCAGUUAGUGUAAUGAACCCACACCUUAUGGUAAGGUUAUUUCCCCGGCGAGAUAUUACUGAUGUGUUGUUCUUAUCAGCUGGUAGUGGAGCAGGAUUGUGGAUAUGGGCCCGACCACAUUUAGCAGCUGCCCCUCCAACUAAGCGAUUCUCAUGGGCAUUGUUGGGUGGUUGUAUGUGGCCACUGGGUUCAAUAUUUAUGUGGGCAAUCAUGAAAAGUUCUAUUGGACAGAGACCAAUUAUUGGAACUGUUCUUGGCAUAUCAACAGGUGCCAUUAUAACAAAUAUAGCAUUCGAUUACUUCCAUUAUGUAGAACUUUUGUUUUGCGGAGUAUAUCAUUUACAGGAUGAAACUUACAGUCCUAAUAGUGAUGAUGAAAAAUAUGACAUUGAUCUUUGAGUUUCUCAAAUUACCUCAUACUGUAUUUUACACAUAAAUUUUUGACCUGUUAUUUAUUUGCUACUCGAUAAACUUUUGUUGGUAUUACUAGCUUUUCUUCUAAUGUAAGACAAAUAUGUGAUUGUUUUUUUUCUAGUCCUCUGCAAUAAAAUGGAUUAAAAAAAAUUAUGAUGUUGAUAUCUUACUUAUUUUUAGCAAUGGUUGAUUUGAUCUUAACAUAGUAUAGUUAAAAAUAUGUUUUUUUUUUGUCAAAUUAAGCAUCACCAAUCAGUACCUUGAUGAUUGAUUUGAUUCACAAUACAAUGUUCAUGAGCCUUUUGUCAUAAAGUGAAGGAUUUAAUAGAUGAGAUGAUUUAAAUAAAACACUUUAUAAAAGAAUUAAAAGGAGUGUAUUAGUAA